AUGCAGCUGUUACAGGAUUAUCUAAACGAGCGAUUAACAGCGGUGGCUGUUGAGAUAUUUGGGGCAGUGGAAAAUACCAUAGCAGAGUACCAGGAAGAAAUCUCCCGUUCAAAGGAGGAGAUCGAUCGUUUACGGAAGCUGCUGGAUUUGGUUUUCCAACCCGACAUAAUGUUACAUAGAGCAGGUUAGUAGUGAAUGAUGACCGCUGCUAGAUCAAUCAGUGUGAUUGAAUCAGCCAGGCCUGGCAAUCAACCGAUUAACCAGCGUUUGUUGUUUGUACACUGAACAAAAAUAUAAACGCAAGUGUUGGUUUCAUGAGCUGAAAUAAAAGAUCCCAGAAAUGUUCCAUACACACAAAAAGCUUUUCAAGUUUUGGGAACAAAUGUUUACAUCCCUGUUAGUGAGCAUUUCUCCUUUGACAAGAUAAUCCAUACACCUGACAGCUGUGGCAUAUCAAGAAGCUGAUUAAAAGGCAUGGUCAUUACACAGGUGCACCUUGUGCUGGGGACAAUAAAAAGCCACUCUAAAAUGUGCAGUUUUGUCACACAACACAAUGCCACAGAUGUGUCAAGUUUUGAGGGAACGUGCAAUUGGCAUGCUGACUGCAGGAAUGCCCACCAGAGCUGUUGCCAGUGAAUAAUGUUAAUUGUUCUACCAUAUGCCACCUCCAACGUCAUUUUAGAGAAUUUGGCAGUACGUCCAACCGGCAUCACAACCGCAGACCACAUGUAUGGUGUCGUAUGGACGAGCAGUUUGCUGAUGUCAACAUUGUGAACAGAGUGCCCCAUGAUGGCAGUGGGGUUAUGGUAUGGGCAGGCGUAAUCUACGAACACAAUUGCAUUUUAUUGAUGGCGAUUUGAAUGCACAGAGAUACCGUGAUGAGAUCCUGAGGCCCAUUGUCAUGCCAUUCAUCUGCCGGCAUCACCUCAUGUUUCAGCAUGAUAAUGCACAGCCCCAUGUCCCAAGGAUCUGUACACAAUUUCUGGAAGCUGAAAAUGUUCCAGUUCUUCCAUGGCCUGCAUACUCACCAGAAAUGUCACCCAUUUGGAAUGCUCUGGAUCGACGUGUACAACAGCGUUUUCCAGUUUCCGCCAAUAUCCAGCAACUUCACACAGCCAUUGAAAAGGAGUGGGACAACAUUCCACAGGCCACAAUCAACAGCUUAAUCAACUCUAUGCAAAGGAAAUGUGUCGCGCUGCAUGAGGCAAAUGGUGUUCACACCAGAUAGUAAAAUCUUAGAAAUUGUUGGAUGUGGCGUUUAUAUUUUUGUUCAGUAUAUAUGAAAAUUAAUAUUCAUUUGAAUUUGGCACAUAACUAUUGAAUAGUAAUUAUUUAUCCUAUCCUCUCAGAUCCCCAGCAGCUCACAUUUCCUGUACCUGAAGAAGUUCCUCCUGAGCAGCAGCACUGUGAGCAGGAGUGGAGCACCAGUCCAGGGCAGGAGGAUCCAGAGCCCACACAGAUUAAAGAGGAACAGGAGGAGUUUGUGACCAGUCAGGAGGAAGAGCAGCUUCAGGGGCUGGAGUCUGAUACCAAAGAGUUCAUAUUAAUUUCUACCUGUGUGAAAAGGGACUGUGAUAAGGGCCCACCCCAGUCCUCACAUCUUCCCCAAACCCAGACUAUGGAGAACAGAGAGAGGGACUCUCUUCCCACCAAAACAAUUGAACAAGACAUCAAAACAGAACAUGAAGAGGGCUACAGAGAAUCUGAACCAAACAAUGAAUUACAGCCCCUCUCUCCAGUAAAUUCAGACUGUUCUGCAGCUCAUAUUGGGAACAGUGAAAGUGACAAUGGGGUGGACAGUGGAGGACUAAUGUCAGGGUUACAGCCACACAAAUCAAAGAGAACAUGGACAAAGAAAGGACAAAGCUCUAAAACCAGGGAAGCCAGUGAGUUGAAAGUUCCGUUGAGGGCAGCUCACUCAGGGGAGAGACCACACAGGUGUCCUGUCUGCAGGAAAUGCUUUCUGAAAAGUAGCAUUUUAAAAACGCAUCAGAGAAUUCACACUGGGAUAAGACCAUAUUGCUGCAAUGUAUGUGGCAAAAGUUUCAGAGAGAAGGGAAGCCUGACAGAACAUAUGACAAGUCACACUGGGGAGAAACCAUAUCAGUGCAAAGACUGUGGCAAAUGCUUUAUCCGGAUGAGAAACCUGACAGACCAUAUGAGGAUACACACUGGAGAGAAACCGUAUCAGUGCAGUGAUUGUGGCAAAUGCUUCAGUCAGAAGAAAACCCUGACCAUACAUAUGAGGACAGUACACUGGAGAGAAACCGUAUCUGUGCAAAGAAUGUUGCAAAUGCUUCAGCCAGAUGAAAAGCCUGAAAGUGCCAUAUUAGGAUUCACACAGGUGAGAUAGACCAACAGAUGAGAGACCAUAAAUGCCCCAUGUGUGUAGAAUGCUUCAGAUCAGCAAGUCAUCUAAAAUGGCACCAGCGAAGACGUCACACAGGAGAGAAACCACAUUGCUGACUUUGUGGUAAAUGCUUCACUUGUAAGAACUGAGGAUGAGGAUGAACCCAGAGAGAGAAACAUGACAGUGCUGCUUGGGGCAAAAUCGUACUCUCACUUGUAGUAGGACCUUUCCAAUGUAAAACGCUGAUGUUUCAUAACCCUUCUGAGCAUGGCCUCAAAUGUAUAUAAUAUGUUUUGCUUCCUUGUUGACAACAUGACCAAGUGGUGCAAAUUGCUGUUUGAUUUGAGAAGGGCGUUCCUCCCUCACCGCUUUUGCCCGUUCAUGUCACGGGCCAUAAACUGGUGCCCCAUGGCUCAGCAUAAUCGAAUCCGCCCAUUGGCACGUCGGAAAUUGGUUUGGCGCCGAAACCUUUUGUUGUGCGUCUCCCGAUAAUAUUACUCUUUCUGUUUAUGCAUUUAACGAUCAGAAAGUUCAACUAAAAUGUGUUUAUGUGUAACAAUUAAAAUGUGAAGGCUAAUUUAAAGGAAUGAUUACCUUGUUUAUCCCCGUGAUUGUUGAGGGCGUUCUGUCCAUUUCCUGAUCAGAGUUUGACAGGCAAACAGUGGGAGUGUUCGAGCGCAUGGUUAAUUAAUGGUAUGGGGUAUUCGGAAGUAGCAUAUUCCCGGGAGGGAUUAUAAAGUAUGGUGUAGCACCUUUAUUGAAGUGUGUGCUAGGAAAUACACGCAUGUUUAUAAUAUAAACGUGUGUAUUGUAAUAGUUGCCUUUGAUUGUUAAUUGAGCAUCAUUGUGUGAAAUGUAUUCUCAUUGGCCGUUGCAUUAUGGGUAGUGGUAUUUAAACCCUGCCAUUUCGUUGUUUGAGACAGGACAGAGCCAGGGUAUGGUCGGCGUGAUGCUGGAGUUUUCGUUGAACGAGCGUUUAUGUGAAACAGUUUAUGAUCCUGUUGCAACCUCCAGUUAAUUUUGUUUAGUAAAUGUUGUAAAAUUUCGCCCACUAUUUCCUCACUGCAAAUAAAAAGCCUCACCCUGGGCAGGAAAUCGGCUCUAUAUUGUCUUGCCGAUUCCGGUUAAAAAUCCAACUGCUGGGUCACCCUCACAGAGGGGAAAGGGCUUCAGAUUUGAAGACAUGCCACCUUAUACCUGUAGUAGCAGGACAAACAAACCCAUCAAUCAAUGAUCUUGGUUGAAUGUAUUAAGGGAUAAACAUGCACAACAUUGUAGAAGCCCACAAUGUUGUGCCUAACAGAGAACCAUGCAUUUUUAGACAAACAUUUUUACCUUCAUUUUGUUUAGAAUUAUACACAAUACAUUUAAGUGACUGUCUUGUAGCUGUACUAAAAGCAGCACAUGGUUCAAAUGUUGGAGUGCCAUCUCACCAACUCUAGUUUGAGUCAUUACCUCUUAUGUUUGUGGAGUGGGUUUGACGCCACUGCACGGUGCUUUUUCCCAUAAACCUGACAUAGCCCCAGUCCAUCUAAUGCUAUCUAUGUUGUGAGCAUCUUAGUGGAUUGGUCUAUCAUGCUUCUUGUUAAUAAAAUGUUAUUUUUAAUUAGUGUAUCAUUUUAAUGUUUUUGUUAUAGGUUAUUUUAUAGAUUAGUUAGUACAGGGGCAGGGCUCAAAUGAGCUCAAAGAAAUUGAGUAGUUUUUCAACCUUUAUUAUUAGUCAUACAUCAGGUAGAGAUGAGAUGUAGGAUAUUUCACAGUGAAUAUAUUUGUGAAUAUAGUGAAAAGUUACUCCACAACUUUUGCUUUGUGCUUGAUUUGCAUUAUAUCCUUGGGACACAGCCACGUGGAGAUUGUUCAGUUCAGCUGCGCUAUAUCUCCAUUACAGCAGGCGGCGGUAUAACAAUUUUACCUCGUGCAGGUUCAAAAAGACAAACAUCUUUCACUAGGAAGCGUUUGCAUUGUUUACACUGAGGGGACGCUUGCAUGAGCGUCACGGCAGCAACAUUAGCUGGAUCCUAUCCAUAUUAAAGACUUCUGGCUUUCGGAUUUUGCCUUCAAAAUAAAAGUCUGCUGUAAAACGCUGUGUAUGAUACGAAAUCAAUAUUUUUUUGCAGGAUUGCAUAGUGCAUAAUGUAAAAACAAAUAUAACUACAUGGGGGAAAAUCUAAAAUAAAGAGAAUUGCUACUUUCUAUAAGAUAAAGAAUAUUAUAAGGUGGAGCACAUUGAGAAAUGGUUGGAACAUAAUAGCCUACUGGUAAAAAAUAUACAAUUAAAAUAAAAACAAAAAAAUCAUUUUGAUUGUAUGAUUCUUGUUUAUUUACUGGUGCUAUUGUUCAAGGAUGCAAUUUUGACAUGUAAUGUUUAAGAAAAGUAUUUAUUGCACAAACAAAUUGCACUGUACAGGAAGAAUUAAUGAUGGUGUGUCACUAUAACCAGCGUCCAGUCUACUCCGUAGAGUCCCUAGAAUACAAAACAGCUGAGUUUGAACAAAACGCUAGGUCAUAGCAAGUGUUGCUGGACUUUUACUGUGGUCAAAUAGGUUGCAUGGGCACCUGGAUGCUGGUUAUAGCACUGUAGAGAUAGAGAGAACCUUACUACCUGUCUCAGCUAAAGUUGGGUGGGAAAUACUCAGUAGGGUCUUUACUAACCAAAUAGGAUUUGUUUUUUGAGGGGACUGUGUCGUACAUAUCCAGCAAACCCUUUGUUUUCCGCCCCCUCCAUAGCCCCCAACGCAAAACACUGAAAUACACUGUACAUGGGAUAGAUAUUGGACUGUAGAGAGAAAACCUUACUGUUUCUGCUAAAGUGGGAUGGGAAAUACUCAGUAGGGUCUCUAAUCAAAUAUGAUUCAUUUUUGAGGGGGACUGUCGCACGGCCUGCUGCUGGCUUUUCACUCCGCCCCCUCCAUAGCCCCCAAUGCAAUACAAUACACUGUAAUAGACUGUACAAAUAUAGCACUGUACAGGAAAAACUAUCGAUUGUUUGUCCAUAAAACCAGGGUCCAGUCUACUCACUAGAGUCCCUAGAAUACAAAACAGAUGAGUUUGAACAAAAAGCUAGGUCAUAGGAAGUGUUGCUGGACUUUUACUGUGGUCAAACAGCUUAAAAUGGGGUACCUGGACACUAUAGGUUCAAAUAUAGAUAGCACUGUGUCAUAGGACGCAUUGUCAUACCAAAAUACCUUAUAAUGUAUAAGACAAAUAUCUUAUAAUCUUCCUUCUGGUGGACACUUUGGAAAAUAUUCAACAUAGUACAAUGGCUACCCAGAUUAUUUUAACACUCAAUGUUAUGCUAUUGCUAGCACAUACUUUAUUUUUCAUGUUUAUAGCUAUGGUCAUCCAAUGUGCUUUUAGAUUCACAGGUAUUAUUACAUUCUCAAAAUGCCACCAAUUGCAUGCUAUUCCAGGUACCUUAGGCAGAACAUCUAUCCUCUCAGAACAGAGAUUCUGUAACGGUUGGCUAACAAAAGAAGCGAGGCACAUCAACACAAAGUGAUCCUCAAAAUGAGAUUUUACAAGAUCAAUUGCUUAUUUAGUUAAAAUCCUCAGCGAUUAGUGAAGAUAGUUUCCUCUGAGUUGGCUUAGUUAGGAAUUACUUUAUGUUGAGAGGAAUCACAUUCCUUGCAUUUGCCAGUGCAUAAUUCAAAUACUUUUAUUCAGACCAAAGUGGAGAACCUCUACACUACUUAUCCUGUCAUAUGCAACUAGACAAAGUUUGGCUUUGUGCAGCAAUUUGUUGAGUAAUUCAAAAACUAUAGCCAACUGACAAUUUUGUCUCAGUGCAAUUUACAUGCCAAAGCCGGUCAUGACUUGUAUACAACUUCACAAAUGGGUAUUCAUCUGAAAAUGUGACUAUACUGGAAAUAGUAUAUGUAUGUUUGCUAAAUAUGCAAGGUAGACUAAAGCUUUUAGGUAAUUUGAUCCUAGCCGUGUCCAUUUUUACAAGCAAAGUCUAUGGGGCAUGGGUUACAUAAAAGCUUGAAUGUUGAGAGAGAGCCCUUUGAAUGCUUAGAUAUAUCACAUGCUCUGUUCUGUUGAUUUGAACCAACAAGGUAUUGCCCUAUGCUUUCUGCACAAAUGUCCCUCGGUUCUACUAUCAGUUGUUUUGUAGUCUGACCAUACACACUUUGAACGUAGCAAUUGAUCUGCUAUACAUUCACAGUCUAAGAAAUUUGCGGCUAGAAUUUCCUGAACAAAAUGUUGAACUAUGUCCUUUACACAACUGUAAUGAAGUUUCUCUUGAACCAUGGAUAGUGAAAUUAUCCCUGAAUUGAAUGCUUCAAACAGUGAAAUUGCCUUUUUAAAGUGAGGAGACUGUUUCACUUGGUCAGCUCUAAGUAAUUUCUUUUGGCAUUCAGAAAAUACUGAUGUAAUAUUCAGAAACAUUAAAAUAGGUAACACUUUAUCCACUGUGUGAUUGGAGAGGGAUUCAUACUGUGGAAUGGCAGAAAUCGCUGAUUCUGAAUCAAGUGGUUGUACGUCAUUGCAAUUUGUUUGCGUCUGAGGCUCAUUAACUACUUAAUAGAAAUAUAUAACCCCUUCUGUUCUCGUGCCAACCCCUUCCCUAUUUAUGCCCACAGAAAUGUCGAAGUCAUCUGCCCUUAUCUUAAGUGUCAAAUCCAGCUCUGACCAGAAAUGCCCCCUCUGAGAUUUUGCACCUGAGUGACAUAUUACAGAGCUCAAUCUGUACAUCUAUUUCUUGUUGCCAACAACUGGGAUUUUAAUUGCACUGGAUGAAAGAACUGGGUCUCUCUUAACUCUACCAUUUUCUGCUACACAGGGCACAAAAAUAACAAGAAUAUCUGGUGUGGUGGUCCAAACAGUCUGUCUAAUCAAUACGCCAUCACAUUGACUGCAAUUUGUGGGUGCACCUCCUUUUGUGAUUAAUUGCCUGAAUAGAAUAUCAAGCAAUGAUGUGUCUGUAUUUAGCUGAACCUGAAAUUUUGUUGAAGUAAAGCUCAUUGUGUGAGAUGCUGUUUUUGCAAGAUCACAGCUAUCAGUAUGCAUGGCACUGACCACUGUUUGAUGCCCAAAUCUUAUAACCCGGGGAGUAAUUGAUAUAUAAAAUCUAGUAGGUCAUUAUGCUGACCUAUUACCAAUGAUGGAUUGAUAUGCUUUUGGGCCACAUACAGUAUUUGAAAAUAGGCUGACAACAUAACAUUCUGAAACGUUAGCUGUCCAUGAUGCUGAUAUGCCUCUCACUGUUCAAAUGUCAACAUAAAGCUUCCUAUAACAUAGCUUUUUGUUCAAACUCACCUGUUUUGUAUUCUAGGGACUCUAGUGAGUAGACUGGACCCUGGUUUUAUGGACACACAAUCGAUCGUUUUUCCUGUACAGUGCUAUAUUUGAACCAUAUAGGUUCCAGGCACCCAAUUUUAAGCUGUUUGACCACAGUAAAAGGCCAGCAAUACUCUGUAUUAUUCAGAGCCCCAUGAAAUUACACUAUAUAUAGAUUCUACAGACCUUACUGAGUACUUCCCACCCCACUUUUACAUCGGCAAAAAUAAUCGUUUUUUCUCUAUAAGCCAAUAUGAACUGAAUGCAUAUACAGUGAUUUGAAUUGGGGGCAUUUAUUUGAACAAGUUUUAAACCCCAAAUUGAAUGGAAAUUGGAUACUUAAAUAUGAACAAAUGUGAAUCAUUGUUAAUGUUUAGACAAUUAUUUUCCAUACAUCAUGAAUAAAUACAGGUUAAUGACUAUGUUCUACUAUUACGUGGGGGACCUUUAUUUUGAACAUUUUCGAAAUUCCGUGACGCGGAAGUACUGAUAAUGCUUGCUACCAUUAGACACCUUGUUAGCAGCAAAACAAAUCUCUUACAUUUACAUUUAGUAAAACAAAGAGCACUUUGCUUUCCCUCAAAAUGUCGAAAAUUCAGCUGUUGCAAGUUUUUCUAAACGAGCGCUUAACAGCAGCGACUGUUGAGAUAUUUGGGGCAGUGGAAAAUACCAUAGCAGAGUACCAGGAAGAAAUAUCCCGUUCAAAGGAGGAGAUCGAACGUCUACGAAGGCUCCUGGAUUUGGCAUUCAAACCCGACAUAAAGUUACAUAUUGCAGGUUAGUAGUGGGUAGCGAUAACCCCGCUAGAACAAUCUGAUUGAACCACCUAGCAGGCCAUAGCUUCGUCCCGCAACUAGCUAGCCAUUUAAAUGGCCAUUUAUAUUAACAAUUUUGACGUUUAUUGUUACAGAUAUCCUUGUGUAACAUUAAAAGGAAAAGUCAAAAUUGUUAAUAUAAAUGGUAAUUUAAAUGGCAAGUUGCGGGACGAAGCUAGCCAGGCCAUAGCCCAUAGUUUCUAGCUGGAUCUUAUAACAUAUCCACUUUGCGAGUUAUUUGCCAACCUGUGCCUGUUUGGCAACUUUUCCAGCGUUAUCAUAUAUCUGUUAUCGUUAGAAGGUUCUGAUUAGGAAGGCCUUGUUUGCAUCACAGAUCAGUAUCCAAUAAAUAAUUAUGCCUAAAUACUAUCUUAGAUGCUACCAACCCCCCCAAAUCAAAACCAAACAUGGAUUCCAUGUGUUCUCGCUUUGUGUUGCAAACCUGUCUGUGUCCCAUUUAGUCAGCCUCGCAAUUUGCUACAGAUUGUUACACCAGAAUGUGAUUUAACCAAAGAUUUGUAGUAUCCAUUACUGUGAGUUAGAGGUUAGGUACUGUUUGGUGUAGCUCAAUAUUGGACCAAAGGAGCCCAACGUUACUCCUUAGUCCAAGGACCUUACAUUUUCUGUUUAAAGGGCGAGUUGGCUCUGGAACCAAAUACUAAACGUGAAUCGAUUCUCAAUCGCGGUACGGUUCUAGAAACAUAAAUCCCUCUACUUUCAAAUCACAUCAAAAUCAUUUCACAAAUGCAAAAUACACACUUACUGUACACUGUUUUAACACAGUUACAGCCGACAGUAUUUUUCAGUGUCAACAUGUUUGUGGUGUCUGUCUUCAGUUUACACACUGGUGUUCAGAGACGCAGAUAGCUAAUUAGCACAGGUAGUCCACUGUCUAACGUUUGUUUUCCUUAAACAAGCACUGUAACAUAGAAAUAUGGCCGUGUGGGAACCCUAACCCUAUAAGUGUGUAUCAAUUAAACCUUUUGUUUUUUGAAAAUUAUUUCUCGCCGAUAUGAAAGAUAAGGUCCUUAUGCUUCCAAAGCCAUACCGCAAGCAUGCGUGUUAAUGUUCCAGACCGAGCGUCAUGGCUCUUAACAAAACUUCUCCCUACAGAAGACGCCUUCAUCCAAUGACUUAUGUGUACUUUAAUGGAACUGAGAUUCAUGAUCAAGUGUUAUGUUUGGUGUAGCACAGAUCAUUUUUGACCAACCUUAACUUGGCGAUACCAUCUUCGUUAUCGAUUUGGCAUGUAUCUUCUAAAAUGUCAGUGUCCAGAUGCAGGUGUUGUGUUUUGAAUUUAGAUAAUGCUCCGUUAUUAAAAUAAAUACAUAUUUGCUCCAUGAAGUAAUCCAACAACGUGUACGCCGCUAUCUUGUCUAUUUCAAAUCUUCUUUCAUUGAUUGAGGCAGGUGGGUCCACCCCAAAGUGCCGCAUGUCAUGAUAACACUCACCUGUCUCUUCUUCUCUGGAUUAUGGGGGUCCGCAAACAAACUACUACUGUGUACGGGUAGUGAACGAGGGGGAAAAAAUCCUUUGUGGGAAAGGGGAAAAAACAUUUAAGAAAAUUACUGUAAAAACUGUUAAAUCCCCUUGGAUAGUAAAAAGCUUUGGAGCACAUUAAAUGACAUUUUGAGAAAAAGGCAAACUCUGCUCCAUUCAUUGAAUCAGAUGGCUCAUUCAUCACAAAAAGCCACUGAUAUUGCCAACUACUUUAAUGACCUUUUCAUUGGCAAGAUUAGCACACGUAGGCAUGACAUGCCAGCAACAAACACUGACACUACACAUCCAAGUAUAUCUGGAUAAUUGAGUUUGACCAGAUACAAUGCUGUUUUACAGUAAACAAAUUGACAACAGACUUUCAGCACGCUUAUAGGGAAGGACAUUCAACAAGCACAACACUUACACAAAUGACUGAUGAUUGGCUGAGAGAAAUUGAUGAUGAUCAUUGAGACAUCAAACAGAUCUCCCAGAUAACACCAUCGGUCCAAAACCCUCACUCCAGCUAAAAAAAGAGUCGGAACAAGGCUUGGAUUUACUAGAUUCCAUGACCACUGUACUUCUCUUAUUUCCCUUCUUGUUUGCCAAUGCAAUCCAUUCCUUCUCAUCUCCACUCAACGCACCAUCAGUUUCAAACAAAACAUCCGCCUCCGCCAUCUUCCCUCUGGGACCUCGAGGCCGGCUUCCCUCACCUGUCUCAAUCAAUGAGAGAUCGCAGUGUACACACUGUUGGAUUACUUCAUGGAGCAAAAAAUGAUUUAUUUUUAAUAACGGAGCAUUUUCUAAAUUCAAAUGCACCACCUGCAAUUUUGGCAAUGAUGCCCUUUAUCUACUUCCCCAGAGUCAGAUUAACUUUUGGAUACCAGUGUGAAGGAAGUUGGAGGUAGUUUCACCAGCCAAUGCUAACUAACAUUAGCGCAAUGCCUGGAAGUCUAUGGUUUCAUUUUAGUCAAUCCGGCUACGACAGAGCCUGGAUUCGAACCAGGAUCUCUAGUGGCACAGCUAGCACUGCGAUGCAGUGCCUUAGACACUGCGCCCCUCGGGAGACCCAUGUUUCCAGUUUCUUACAAACUUGCAAAAUGCUAGUAGAUACCAUCAUCUUUGGGUAAAUCACAUUAUCUGGUGUAACAAUCUGUAGCUACCUCACAAUAUGGGCACCAUGCUGCACGCGCAAACAUUGACAUCCAUGUUUGGUUUUAAUUUGGAGGGGGGUGGUAGCAUCUAACAAUUGGAUGUAAUAUUUCCUGGGCACCACACGGCGACGCAAACAACACAUUCUUUAUCAGAACGGUCCACCGACCACGGAUAUACCCUUCGAAGUGGGAAAAGCGUUGCCAAACAGGCACAGACACAGGUCGGUAAAUAAGUCGCAUGGUGGGCUAGUGUACAAUGCUAGACUGAGAUACAAUAAAGUUACAAUCUUUGUCUAGAGAAGCUGGGCUAGCCAGGCCAUUGCCACUAAACAACUGAUUCAUUCAAUUAUUUAGCUGUAAUGUUAGAACUAUUUAGAACUGAUGAAAUUGAACAUUCCAAUUGUAGCUUACUGUCGUAAAUCUAAUAGUUGGACUCAAGGCCACAUAGAACUGGAAACAAAAUCUAACUGAUACCCUGUUCUUCUCUUCAGACUUCCAGCAGCUCACUCUCCCUGUCCCUGAAGACGUUCCUCCUGAGCAGCAGGACUGGAGCCCCAGUCUGGGCCAGGGCAACCCAGAGCCCACACAGAUUAAAGAGGAACAGGAGGAGUUUAGGACAAGUCAUGAGGAAGAGCAGCUUGAAGGGCUGGAGUCUGAUAUCAAAGAGUUCAUAUUCACUCUUCCCUGUGUGAAAAGUGACUGUGACCAGGACCCACCUCAGCCCUCACAUCUUCCCCAAACCCAGACUGUGGAGAACAGAGAGAGGGACUCUCUACCCACUAAAACAACUAGAAACAUAAAAACAGAACCUGAUGGAGAGGGCUACAGUGUAUCAGAACCAACAAGUGAAUCUCAACCCCUUUCUUCAGAAAAUUCUGAUUGUUCUGCAGCUCAUAUUGGGAACAGUGAAAGUGACAAUGGGGUGGACAGUGGAGGACUA